AUGAACCCCUUGGUUCGUGAGAGGCCCGCCAUCAUGUCAGAUUCGGUACAACUACUGGAGCCCCCAAAGCCUCGGAAGAAGGAAAAUGUCAUCUUUAGGGGGAAGAAUUUCAAAACGCAAUUUUAUGGAGGGAGCAACCCCACGAGCUUGAUUGGUGAUUUCCCCGAGCUCCGCUCAUUUAUGCAGGACAGCAUUAAGCAGCACCCAUCGCUUCCACGUGUCCAGCGUGAACUAAAGUCUUUGCAAAUAAAAUGGAAAGCAGAGAAGCAAAUGGUAUUUCCCUCAAUCAAAGGGGAGUUCCUCCAUCUAUUUCCGGAUGAAGAAACGUCGAAUCGCCUGAUCCAUGUCUACCUUGACACUGUGGAGACUACAUAUCGGGUUGUCCAUGUCCCAAGCUUCUGGAAGGAGUAUCAAAGCUUUCUAGUGAACAAAAAGUCUGCCAGACCCGCGUUCGUCAUUCUUAUGCUAUUAAUGAUGUCCACAGCGAGCUGUUUGUCGGGAGAAAAAAGCACUCACGUUGGUGACAGCGCCGUUGUACGCGAACGUGCAGCGUUAUGGAUCGAAGUGUCCGAACAGUGGCUGCAAAAGCAAAGCCAUAAGCAAAUUUACCUAGCUAUAUGGCAGAUCCGUUGUCUGUUACUUCUCUCCAAACAGGUCAAUGUUAUUAAGAAAAAACGCAUCUGGACAGAAGCAGGUACUCUUCUUAGGCAGGCCAUGGCUGCAGGAUUUCAUCGAGAUCCUGGGAAUUUAGGCCAAAAGUGCACUGGCUUCGACCAUGAAAUGCGACGACGAUUAUGGGCUACCAUCACCGAGUUGGAGCUUCAGGCCUCGAUUGACCGAGGGAUGCCUUCGGCACUUGCAGGUGUCUCGUCGGACUGUGCGACUGUUCAAAAUAUUGACGACGAUGAUCUCAUAGAUGAAGCUGAUGACACAUCCCGAUCCAAGGACUGGGACCGAUACACAGCGAGCUCUUAUCUGCAUGUUUCAAGAUCCAGUUUCGCUCUUCGUGCUACCCUGAAUUCCUUAGUCAAUAACCUCGGUCUUCCACUACAAUGGGAACAAGUCGUGGAUUACGAAGAGUUGGUAAAAGCCGAGGUCGAAAAUCUCCCGUCUUGGAUGCGAUCAAGUCCUAGUGAUGGUGGUGGAGGGCUAUCGGGAGCCAUUUUGCAGAUUCAGCUGCAACAGCUUUUAAUUCUUCUACACAUGCCAUUUGCCAGAAAAAUGGAUCCCAAUUCUCGAUGCUCCGUCUCCCGGAUGAUAUGCUUUCAAGCAGCGCAGAGAAUCCUCGAGCAGGUUCGGAAGUUAUCCCAACAUCAAUACUCGUUCAUUUUGCUCUUUCGGCAAGAAUACUUUCGAGCGGCGUUGGCGGUUUGCCACUGCGCAUACAUAGCUCAUAAUAUUCCAGGAGAUCUACUCGGCACAAACAUUAGACCAUCCAUCGAGUACCUUGACGAUUCCUUGAUGUUGUUUGAAGAUAGAAUUACGCGCCUCGGCACUGAUUUCACACGAUAUUGGUACAUUUCCGCCGGUCGAUCGCUGCUUAAUUCAGCUGUGGAUCCGUCGGAUGAGACCAGACAAAAGCAACAAGCAAUCGAACAUGUUGCGAGGCAAUACCACCGAAUCCGGGGCUCUCAAGAAGAUUCAAUAUCCGUAAAGAUGAGGAGCCCCCCCGCAACCGGUGACCCCAACGCUCUGGCAACAUUUUACGACUCAUCGUAUGAUUACGAAUCAGUUAAUCCGGUUGAUUUCCCUUUGGAGUCUCUGGAGGAAGAGUUCUUUUUCGGCGAUCCAGCCGCUUGGACAUUCUCGAACUUUGAAUUAAUUUGA